UAUUGAAGAGAACAGCUGUUUUUUUGUUAGUACGUAGUUCAUAUGUUUAUGUAUUCAUCGAUUAUAACAACAUAUUACAUAGACAAUGUCGAAAUUAAUUUCCUACGCUGCAAAAAAUACUUUGCGUAAUACACGCCUCAAUGCAAAUCAAAUUUCUCAGUAUGCGGCCAGAGACUUCAUGCACAUGUCUGCAUCGGUUUCGGCAUUGUCGGCACGCAAAACAUAUUCAACGCCACUUACACAACAAACUGUGCUCCAGCAGCCUUUGGCAUCAGUUCAAGGAUUGGGACAGAUCACAAAACGCAGCAUGUUCAUCCAGACACAGGACACACCAAAUCCGGACAGUUUGAAGUUCCUGCCUGGUGUCGAAGUGCUGGGCAAGGGAAAUACGUAUGAUUUUCCCAGUGGCACAACAGCCCAUUGUAGUCCAUUAGCUAAAUUAUUGUUUCGUGUGGAAGGAGUACGUGCUGUCUUCUUUGGUUCGGACUUUAUAACAAUAUCCAAGGAGGAAAGCAGUGCAUGGGGCAUUAUAAAACCAGAAGUUUUUGCCAUCAUCAUGGACUUCUUCGCCAGCGGUUUGCCCAUUUUACAUGAGGCGCGACCUAACGCAGAUACUGAAAUUCUUGAGGAUGAUGAUGAAACUGUCAUGAUGAUUAAAGAACUUUUGGAUACGCGUAUUCGGCCCACGGUGCAAGAGGAUGGCGGCGAUAUCGUUUUCAUGGGCUUUGAAAAUGGCAUCGUCAAGUUGAAAAUGCAAGGAUCAUGCUCAUCUUGCCCCAGCUCUAUUGUUACUCUUAAAAAUGGUGUACAAAAUAUGCUACAAUUCUAUAUACCGGAGGUCGAGUCCGUUGAACAGGUUCUUGACGAUGCGGACAAAGUGGCAAACAAGGAAUUUGAGCGUUUCGAAAAAAGUUUGAAACAAAAGGAACAACCCAAGGAACAAGAACCUCCUGUUAGCAUCGGUGGCACCCCAAAUUAGUCUUGUUAUAAUUGUUUUUAUGAUUAAAUUAAUAUCUUUAGUAGAGAUACAAUUAUAAGUUCGUUUGUAUAAUAUACGACUUUAAAGUUUAAACAAUAGUUUGACCGUUGUAUAAUUUCUCGCCGACAAUUAGGUUCUUACUUGAUCAACGUUUAUUAUGAAAGAGAAUAAUAAAAAUGCAAAAUUGU